CACUGCCAAACCUACAGAGCAAAUUUUUUGAUAAGUAUUAUUGGAAUUUAUUUUAAAUUAUUUUCAUUCAUUAUCUGUUGAAAUGGACACUAUUAGUUUAAAAAAUAAAAAUUAUCGUAGGAUCAUUUAAAUGAAUGUGUAGACAAUGGUAAAGGCAAAAUUUGCACAACAAAUGGUCUUACAUUUAUUUUUAAAUUUUAUUUUGCAAUUUGCACAGAAGUAAAAAUGAUAUAUUUUGUUUUGUAAAAAGUUUCAGAUUUUUUAAAAUCAUAGCCUUUUUUCAAGUUCUAUGAAUAUUAAUUAUUUAUCCUUGCACUGUUGCAAAAUACACACAGGCUUUAUACUUAAUACAACUGUUAACAUUGAAUAAAAGAUAAGAAAUUGAUCCGCUCCGCGCUCGCUCUCUUCCGCGUCGCGCACGCCGCCACGCAUUCGGGGGGCUCGGCGGACAUUAUUCCCACGAUCCAUCACGCUCACUCUCCAACUCCUCUCUCCAGGACACACUUGAUUAUUGCUUCUCUGCUUCUGAGUUCUCCUUGAUGGUGUUUCGCAUUUCUGCGUUCGGUUCACUUGCUAACUUAACUUCUGUGCUCUUUGAUAUCUCCGUGAUCUCUGAAGAUUUCACUGAUGUUUCGCCUGUUUUCCUUGUAGAGCUGAUUUCCGCAAUCUGAACUUAAUUCAGUCACCUUUAAGCUGAAUCUGCUAAUAUUUGGUAAUGAGGCUCAAAAUCUGCGUUGACUUGCAUUUUCUUGUUGAUUUAACUUCGGGCCGCUUCUGUUGAAGAAGCUCUCUGGUGUUAGAAAAUUUUACAAGAUUUCUAAAAUCUUGCUGCUGAAGUUCUUUUGACGAUCUUAGUUUGUUGAUAAUUCUCUGACUUGCUCUGUGACUUGAAAUUUCAUCUUGGAACUUUGAAGAUAUCUGCAUUUGAGGGCCUGCAGUCCCUUUAACGCUCAAUCUCAAAGACUUCUGCUUUGAAUUUUAUUCGAUGAUUCUAUCAGCAGAGCACAACUCAGUAGAUCUUGAAGGUCUUGAAGCUGAAGAUCUUGAAAGCUUCACGGUGUGAUUUCUCUCUCUGGGACUUAGAAUUUCUCUUGAAGUUAAGUGGGUGGUGUAUUUUUCUUGUCUGAGUGAGGUUCAUUUAAAGCUGGAGUAAUCCCACUUCUGACACCACUUGAUCCGUGUCAGAAGUGCUUCAAAAGUCAGCUUGAUUUGCUGACUGAUGAUCGCGAGAAGUUUUUUCAAAUCCCACUUCUGACACCACUUGAUCCGUGUCAGAAGUGCUUCAAAAGUCAGCUCAGGCUGAGGGGAUGCUCGUGGGCAGCUCUGCUUCAAAUCCCACUUCUGACACCACUUGAUCCGCUCCGCGCUCGCUCUCUUCCGCGUCGCGCACGCCGCCACGCAUUCGGGGGGCUCGGCGGACAUUAUUCCCACGAUCCAUCACGCUCACUCUCCAACUCCUCUCUCCAGGACACACUUGUCAGGAUGGUCCGGAGACUCUGGCUGAACUCUAGGCGCGUUGGGCCGGCUCUAUCCCCCGGCGGGACGGAGUUCUCCGGCCGCUGGAUUCGCAAAAGCUGCACGCAGAAUUUUCUAAGUCCCGCUGCGCUUUAUUUGCUGCUUCAACUGCCAACAGCUCACUCCUUUUGGGGCGCCGAUCUCUCCGCUGCUCUAUCUGCCGCCGGAGAAGAUCUGGAGGCUCUUUUGCACCUCCCAAUGAGGCGGCUUUUCUUCUCGACGAGCAGGGAAGAUCUGCGGUGCUCCCACGCUGGAUGCUCUCGAAGCUCGAAGUUCCCCGGUGACUCUAUCUCUCUGCAAGGCUGAUUCUGCUCUGCGGCGAUUUGGCUCCUCCCUCUGGCUGCAGGAUCCGCUGCUUGGAUAGAAACAUUAUUGCAUCGGGAUUUAACUAACGUAACGCGUGGCUCCAUAAACCGUGCACAGGUUUACAGAGCCAGCGUUUGCUGCAGCCAGACUGAGCAGGGAAACCGGCAUAGCCUCCGGCCGCCCUCCUCAGCCUGACCCGCAGGUCAGCCUGGUGGCAGCCCUUGCGGGCCGCCGGGGGUCUCCGCUCCCCACUCCCGGAGGAGCCGGAGCAAAGAGUGCGCCGCUUACCGAGCGGCUCGGGUUUUUAUAUCAUUUCCUCUCAUUUGCAUAUAUCGACGAUCUUGGGAAAUCGGAGACCCCAAACUCCACCUUUCUUCUAGAAGGUUCUCGAACUUUCCAAUGCUUAAGGUAUAGGAUAUGAUCACACUCCCCUCUUGCCGCACUCUGAUUGGCCGCCCAAACUCCAGGGGGCUGGCCGAAGCCGCAGCGCCCGCGACACGUCGCCACUCGCCUGCAUAAGAAAGGCCAGGGUAAAAAUCAGCGGAACUAACUUUCUCUUCCCACUCCUUCUCUCUUGCUGCUGGCGCCGGCGCACAGAGCGCCCCUCUUCCGCUGCAGCCAACACAUCAGCUGGGCACGAAAACAAAGCUAAAUCCUCGGCAAACAAAAUCGCGGCUCUGCUGACAAAUAAAUAAAAUGCUCAAGCGAGGAACAACAAUAAACAAUAAAGAUGGUGAAUCAAAAUAAAUUAUCAUCACAUUGAAAUAUUUACAUAAGCUCAAAAAAAUUUUUUUGUUAAAUAUUGACAAAAACCCAAAGGCCAAUGACCCGUCUCUACAAUAAGAUAAUUUGGUUGCAUCUAUGUUUGAGAAUGUUGCACCCACCAUUAUCCUAGGCCAGUGCAGCUUUACACUGAAACUUCUCACUUCACUUUCCCUCUCAUAGCAACAAGGCCUUUUUAUCUCUCUCCUACCAUUCGCGCGCAGAGGGGGAAUUGGUUGUAGCUAGCAAGGCAGCGAGUUUCUCGUGGCCUUGUCUGCUCCUCGCGGACAGUGAGUGCCUUUUAAAUAGUUCGAUCAACACCCAGAAUUUGACCGGCCGUUCUCCGAAUUAGCGACAAUGUCUCGCUCUGUUUUGCCCCUAAUCGAGUGACAUGCAUUCUUCAUUGGCAGAUGCACUCAAGGAUUUUCGGUCUUUCUCAUUUCUAAAGGUGCAGACAAAACGAGAAGCAGAGCUUGAGCGCCUCCUCGAAGUAACGUGCCUGCUUUAAAAAUAGCCGGAUUGGAGCGUUUGGGCGCAACAACGAAAAAAAUACAACUUCGCGUCCAACAAUGGAGUGGCUCCGAAAUAAGAGAAGACAAAGAAAUGCGGGCGUCUACAAAACGGCCGAUUUGGAAACGCCGAUGGAGCGGCGGCGGCGAUGGUGGUCGGUGCGCAUCGUGUAUUUCACUAUGUUCAUCAUGACCCUUGGAUUCAGUAUCGUCAUCACAGGCGUCUGGCCAUUUUUGGACAAACUGGAUCCUCACGCGGGGAAAGGUUUUUACGGCUAUGUAGUUGCAGCAAACCCCUUGGGUCAAAUGAUAUUUUCGCCUUUGUUUGGAUACUGGUGCAAUAAAAUUGGCUCCGUUCGAAUCCCUAUGCUUACAUCACUGGCCAUGUUCACACUUUCAACCUCGGCGUAUUCCCUACUGGAACUGUUCCCCAGUAAGCACAUCAAAUAUUGGAUGCUGGCAUCCAGAUUUCUUGUAGGCGCUAGCUCAGCAAAUAUUGCUGUUGUUCGUUCUUACCUGUCUUCAGCCACUACCUUUCGGGAAAGGACGGGCGCCGUUAGUAUGCUUUCUCUUGCGCAAGUCCUUGGUUUCAUUUUAGGGCCAGCGAUCCAAACUGCUGUCAGUCCUCUUGGAGACAAAGGCAUCCCCUUUUUUGGGGGUCAAGUACAUCUCAACAUGUACACCGCGGCAGGUUGGGUCAAUGUUCUUCUGGCAGCAAUUAACUUCAUUCUUUUCCUGCCGUGCUGUUUCCAAGAACAGCCAAUCGCCGCCAAAGAAGCGCAGAAAAAGCAAGGAACUGCUUCAGAGGAGGAUACUUGGAAAAGCUUAAAUCUUGAUUAUACCGCAGUGUGGAGCUUAGUUCUUGGCUUUUUCAUUUUGUCUUUCAAUUUUGUUUUGCUUGAAACGCUUGCAAUGCCUUUAGUCAUGGACCAAUUUGCGUGGACUAAGGAAGAGUCAAUCAAGUACAUGGGCAGUCUGAUGACGGCCGGAGCUGUGGUGGCACUAGUCACGUUCACUACACUGAAACCUCUCACCAAAAGGUUUGAUGAGCGAUCUAUAAUGCUGUAUGGUGGGUUUUUUCUUAUGGUGGUAGGUCGAAUUUUGCACAUUCCUUGGGGAGAUGCGCCUCCGCCUUUAAAAACUGAAGCAAUGAUUGCAAAUGCCAACAAUCAAGAAGUAGUAGGCUGUCCAGUCGAUGAGCAGCCUUGGUGCGCGUUCACGCCUGCAAUGACCAUUACUCAACUUUUUCUGGGUUAUUUCUUCACGUCAGUAGGAUAUCCAAUUGGAAUAACUGUGAUACAAACUCUAUUUUCAAAAAUUCUCGGCCCUAGACCACAGGGUGUUUGGCAAGGAGUGAUGACCGGAUCAGGUUGUGCCUCCAGAGUCCUGGGGCCGGUCUUCCUGAGUUAUAUUUAUGUGAAAUUAGGCACAGUGUGGACUUUUUCACUUACGACCGUGAUGAUGGCUUUGUGUUGUUUGUGGAUGCGACUGAUUUACAGCCGACUUGUGCCUCCACAGCCUACCAACACCCCCAUCCCUUUAAUAAGUUCCGCACAGCCACCAAGAGUGAUUGUCUUAAACGGGUCGACAGCCAACCGUGCGGAGGAAAAAGACGGAAAAGCUGCCGAGGAGUUGCAGGCGCUCCAGUGACUAAAAUAAAAAGACUUGUUUUUUCCAUGGGGAAAAAAAGCUAGAUUUUGUAUGACGGUUAUUUUUAAGAAAGAUUUCUUUGUUAUUAUGUGAUGAAUAAAUAGCAAUAAAUAAGAUUUUUUAGCCUCCGAGGAUAUUUG